AUGGUAAAAGGUGGCAAGCAGUAUUCUUCAGUGAGCAACGAUGGCAAAUGGGUAAGGAAAUUUCAGUUUGCUCACACAGGCUCACCAGAAGAUAAUGCAGGAAACCGUGAGACUUCUACAAGCACAGGGACCAUGCUGACUCAGAUUGAAUCAUCAUUGCCCCAGGCUUUGAACUUCAAGCGCUAUCCAAAGUGGAAAUCUCAGCAGAAAUCCAGAGAGUAUCCACUCUCAGCCCACGACAACAGACGUGCAUUACAAGACAGCAUUGCUAUCUUUACUCAUGGUGUGGGACGCAGGAAGUGUCUUGACGACCGGAGACAGCACAACUCCCACUUCUGCCUGUGCCACGACGAAGCUGGCAGCGGCACCGGAGAGGCCGGGGGGAACGUCACGGCCUACCAGACUGAUUAUGUGGCCAAGCAGGGUGUUGAUGUUGCAACAGGCAACAAGCGCUUCCCCCACAACCAUCAGCAGAGGUCUGCAGCUGCAGCCCGGGCAAGGGAGUAG